GGAAGAAGUGCUGAGGGUUGGAUCCGGGAGAGUUGAAGAAUCAGGCGACCGCUCGUGGUAAUGGAUUCCUGGGAACAAGGUAGAGAACGAGACUUAGGCAAUACCUUAGAUACGAAAGUUAUAAACUUGGUGACUAUGCACCAUCAGGGGCAACGAACUGGCGAUGAAUGCUGGAGCUGGAUCUCCUUUUGAAGGCAGGUAGGUGAUGAGGUGAGUGGUCGCAGCUGUGUCGAAUAAGGAGCCAAGCAGAGAGGGGGGGGGGGGAGCUCACAGAGGCACCAUGACAGGUACUUGUCAAUUAUUUCAGCUAAUUUAAAAAAUCCUGCACAUUAAGGUCUGUCAAGACAAAAAGUCAUCCAUUCAUCUUGUUCUUGGAGGCAUUUCUGGAUGGCAGUGCGGAUGUUGUUUAGAAAGAUUUGAUUUCCUUGUAACGUUAAAGUUACUCCAUCAAGUCUAUACAUUUUCUCAUCAUCAGGUGACAAAUCUUGAUGCUCAACCACAUCGUAGGACAGGUCGGUAUACCCCUUCAUAAUGUCGUUGACUAAUGCUCAGCUUUUAUCCAUCUGAAAAGGAUGAUCUAUUUUCCAGCUUUUCCUUGGAAUGAUGAGGGACAAAACUAUUCUCAUUUGAGGGUGAGUUUGUCUCAGAUGCCUCAGGUCUUGUAACAGUUGAUUUACGAUCUGUAUUGGAGGCAUUUCUCCCAAUUCUUUUCCUCCAACGUGGAUAACCAAAACUUCAGGGGGACCAUUUUCUUUGGAGAUUGUGUGAUAAAGGUUAUCAACAACUUCCCUUCAGCCCAUGUCUCUAAUUCCAGUCCACUUAACAUUAGCGUCAAGAUUCAAGUUUUGUCCAAAAAGAUGUUUAGCUGCAAUCUGUGCCUGUCAAAUAUAACUUGACCCAACAAUCCAGACAUCAGAGCGUCUCGUGACUUUGUGUGUUUCCAUUGGUGAGCUGUUCGUUGAAAAGCUGAGGUCAGGGGAGCUUGAUGUGUCCUCUUCCCUCUUCUCAGGCUGGAUUCCUGUCUCAGAUGGUGGUAGACUAGCAAAAAGGCUUUUAAACUCUGGUGUGUGCUGCCUACCCUGGUUGUCAUUUUCACAGAUGACUUUCUGCUUUUUGGUUGGGGACAAAUCUGUGCUGACUCUGCUCUGUGAGAGCUCCUCUGAACUGACUUUUCUUUUCAGAUUAGGCUUUGGGUUGUCAGGCUGGAUUGGGCCAAAUGUAGAAGGGACACUGAGACAUGACUGAGGCUGCUGAGUUUGGCCUCUUGACAAUGUCUGGUGGAGAGUCUGCUCAAUGGUUUCACGGAUGGAGCUUACAAACACUUCAAAUCCUUUUGAGGUGAAGUGUAUUCCACCUGGUUUGAACAGAUGACUUUCAAAUGGUGCCAGUUUUGGAUGCUCCAUCACAGCACCAUUGACUAAUCAUGCGCUGGAUUGAAUACUUUUGUCGACCGUCAUCCUGUCGUCAUUUAUUUUACUCGGAUCAAAUGCCCCCCAUGCUAACCUUGGAGUUAUGCAGGAAUAAGCUAUUUUCAUUUGGGGAAAAGCUUGGUCUAGAGACAGUAGAUCUGAUUCUAAAUGGUUUAAAUGCUGGCUUGUGAUGGUUUGGACACGUUCAGAAGAAAAACAACUGAUCAGAAGGAAAAACAUUAUUUUAAACAGUUUAGUCAUUCAAGAGUUUGUUGUCAUAUACACAACAACGCUGAGCAAUGAAAUGCAAAGUCCAGAUGACCCCACUCCCAACGUUAACAUGCCUUGGGAGUGGGGUCUUCUGGACCCCACAAGACAGUCUGAAUUUCCUGACUGUUCCUCGGUUAGUGCACUUUAUAACCUAUGUGCUAGCUUGUGGGGUCAUCUGGACCCCACAAACUAGCACAAGUGACAAAGGUGUGCAAAAAUUAUGUACAGAUAUGCAAUGAGCUGGUCUGCCUCUGAUUUUAGUUUUGCUGUAUCUUCCUCCUUUUUGUUUUUCUUAAUUUUUUUAAAAAUGGUGUCUUUCUUUUCUUUUUUGUAUGGUUAAGUCUGAAUCGGAAUCACUUUAUUGCCAAGUACAGCGCAUGUACAGGGAAUUUGACUUCAGUAACUUCAGUAACUUGUGCUCUGUGCCAUUUGAAAUUGAAUUUAAUUGAAUUUAAUUGUGUAUUGGCAGUUUUAAAUUAGUAAAAAAAAACCGUUUUCUAGAGAAAAUGAAAACUGGUGGUAUUUUAUUUAUUUAUUUUAUUUAAUUUGUAUUUAUCAUAUAAAUAACUUGAAGAGAAAAACCGGAAACGACGUCAUUUUUAAGUAUCGCGAUUUCCUUUCGGACUGAGUUCGUUGGUUUUAGUCGCCCUCACUCUCCGCUCCGUGAAGGGUUUCUACUGUAACAAUAACUUUGCGACACCGCUCGCCCUGUCGAUAACGAAACACAAAUCCAGCGUAAAUCCAUCUUUUUCAGAUUAAAAUCUCUUCGAAAGGAAAUUCCUCUUUGUUUAAACGAAAUGUUAGCAAUAAACGCGCCAUAAGAAUAGAAAGAUGAGUCAUUACGCUUUGUUCAUCUAAAAAGAGAUAUUAUAUGGGAUGACGGAGUGAGUACAUUACGAUGUUUUUACGUAGGGUCACAACGUGCAAUAAUACUAACCUGCAGCCAUGAAGAUCACAGACAGCGUGUUGAGGAGUUUCAGGGUCGCCAGGACGUAUCGAUGCAAUUCAGAGAAGGUGAACUGUUUGGAUUACAGCCCAAACGGAGAGAGUGUCAUAUCCAGCAGCAACGAUGACUGCAUUGUGUUGUAUGACAUGCAGGAGGGGAAACCCAGCAGAACCCUGUUCAGCAAGAAGUAUGGAGUGGACCUCAUCCGCUACACCUAUGGAGACUCCAACACGGUGGUGUACACCUCCAACAAGCUGGACGACACCAUCCGAUACCUGUCCCUCACUGACAACAAGUACAUCCGAUAUUUCCCGGGUCACAGUGCGCGGGUGACCGCACUCUCCAUGUCUCCUGUGGAUGAGAUGUUCAUCUCCAGCUCCUUAGAUAAGACCAUCCGCAUCUGGGAUCUGCGCACUCCAGACUGUCAGGGUUUGACCAAUCCACUUGGGAGACCUAUAUGUUCCUUUGACCCGGAUGGACUCAUUUUUGCGGCGGGGGUGGAGUCCCGGGCCAUUAAGCUGUAUGACCUGCGUGCUUUCGACAAGGGCCCCUUUGCCAACUUUGAGACCCGGUUUAACCGCGUCUGUGACUGGACCGGACUGAAGUUCAGCAAUGACGGCAAACAGAUCCUCAUCUAUACAAACGGAGGCGCCAUUCGCAUCCUGAAUGCUUUCAGCGGUUCUGUGCUGCAUACAUUUUCAGGCUACAAUAACAGUACCGGCAUGGCUCUCGAGGCCUGCUUCACUCCAGACUCGCAGUUCGUUAUGAUCGGCUCAGAGGACGGGAGAGUUCACGUCUGGAGCACAGAGAGCGGGAUGAAGGUGGCCGUGCUGGAUGGGAAACAUCCAGGACCCAUCAACACUCUGCAGUUUAACCCCAGAUUCAUGACAUUCGCCAGCGCCUGCACAAACAUGACAUUUUGGCUCCCGUGUGAUGAAGACCUGUAAGGAGCCCCAACAUCUUCCUCCCCUGCUCUGAGGUGGGACAUGCUUAUGGUCACGGCUCUUACCUUCACCACCUGAGCAGUUAUACUGGAAGAAACCUCCUUUAAAUGUAACAUUUUAUUUGAAAGGUUUGGUCAAGUUUGACUUUUAUGGACUGUUUUUAAAGAACUUCAGUUGACAUCUAUCUGAUUUUUUUCUACUGCCUACAAUGUGAUUAAUUAUUUACAAGUUUUAAAAAUAAACCAUUUUCCUAAAGAAA